GACUCUCCGUUUAGUUACGAACAGGGGAGCAAAACAUAAUGUCAGAAAAAACUACAAAGUAUACUCAAGUAAUCGGUGGUUAUCGGUUACUGAAAAUCUAUGGCCAGCAAAAUGUGUCUUUGUAGUUUCGUGCGAGUUGUAGUCGAGUGCAGACGUGAAAUUCAUAGAAGACGGAGUGUUUUUUGUUUAUAUUUUGUGAAAGAAUUUUACUAAACAAAAGAAAAAUAAAAAAAGAUAUUUAAAGAAAUCAAUCAAAUGAAAAUAUUUAGUUAAAUUAUUAAAGAAAGUAAUUAAAUUACUAAAAUAAAAAAAUGUUUUAAAACAGUAAAGAAACAGCAACUUGAGUUGGAAAAAUCUGAAAGAAAAAAGGCGCAGUCUUUGUCGCAAAGAUUUUUGAUGGCCAAUAAAGGAAAAUAAAUUAUUUAUAGAAAAAAAAAAACAUAAAAUUUACUAAAUUAUAUCUAUAAUAAAACAAGUUUAGUGUUUUGAAAAAAAAAAUUUAAAAAGUGUGAAAUAAAAUAAAAAUCAGUUUUCAGUUGUUUUUACUGUGGCCAAGUGAAACCUUAGAAAUUUACAAAAGUGGCAAAAAUAAAAUUAUUAAAAAAACAAACAAAAGCCGCUUCCAUAAUACUAAAAAAAACAAAUUUAAAUACAUAUUUUAAAACCAAGUUUACAACAUAUUAAGCAUAAAAAUUAUUAAUGGUAAAGCAAAAUGCAUAUUUCAAAUAAACAUCAUUAACAAAAAAUAUUUUAAAUAAAAUAACCAAACAAGUGAAAGUUUUUGUGUAAAAAAACAUUAAAUUGUUUAAAUAUCGAUGAAAAACUAAACGAAACCUAAAAGGAUUACAAGUUUUUAAAUCAAGGAUUAUCAAUUUCUAAAAAGUUUUCUUUAUAAAAAAAGUUUGCCAUCAUGAACCCUCUCUGCCUUUACAGCUCUUUGCAGAGUUUAUGACUUCUUUAAAUAAGUCACAACAUUAACAUUUCUAAGAAAUUCUUGAGCAAAAUGUCCUGAUUUUUAAGGGCAAAGAAAAAAAUGUCUAAAGGCGAACAAUUAAAUUUAAAUUGUAGAUGUAAAGGUUGUGUUUCUCUUAAAAAUGGCUUAAGACUCUCCAAGUAACUCUCUCUCUCAAAACACACUUUGCUUCCUCUCAUCAAAACAUAAAAUCAAAACAUUAAGAAAGCAGCAACCAGCUAUUUGCAAGAAUAAAGAUAAAUUACAAGAAAUACUCAUAAUUUCUGUCCCUGUCUCGUCGCUCUUACACAAAAAUCCAACUAAAUCUUUUAAUAUACUCAAAACAACAUGAAUUCCGUUAUAUCUGCAUUUAAGGCCAAAAAGAAUUCCAGCCAACAGGCCAACAACACGGCGGGCUCUAAUAAUGGCUGCCACGAUAGUAAACACAAUAAUUUAAGCAUGAUUGCCAAUACACUGACCACCUCCUCCUCCAAAAAGAAGGCCAUUAAUGCCCAGGACAAUAGCUAUCAGUAUCUGAGGCAUAUACGGGAAAUCGAUACAGCCACCAAAUUGCUGUCGCCCAUAGUGGGUGCAGAUGAUUUGAUGGAAACAGAUAUGCUUAAUUUUAGACCGGUAGCUGGGGUGCAGGGUGUCGAUGUGGUCGAUCAUGUUCCUUUACAAACAGUGCGUUUGACACCCACCUCCCUGGAGUCCUCCUUGGCCGAUUGUAAUAUGAAUGGUGGCAAAAAUCUCAUGGCGGCUGGUGUGCCGGCCGCACAAACAGAAAAUGGCAAUUGUCAGGACUCGUUGGACGAUUAUGCCUCCAUAACGAAUGGUCAACACAGUUUGACCAGCAGUCCCACAGCACACUUGCAGGAAGUGGACGAUGAUGAAUCCGAACAUUCUAUAACCGCUUGCACUAGCACCACCAGCAGUAGUUCCAGCGAUCAAAGCAACAGCACGGUGGUCCACAGUCCCAUAGCGCCCACAGCGGCGGCAGCAGCUGCCGCCAACAGCUCACAACAGUUGUCGCCAAGCACUACAACAUCAGCCACCUUACCAAGUCCCGCCAAAAGUCUGAAUUUGAGUCUGAAUAGUAAUACAUCCUCCCCCUCAUUGUUAUCAUCCUCCUCCUCAAUAUCUGUUUCUUCCAAUUCGAAUACCUCUCUGGCUCUUUGCAAUUCCGGUCCCAGCUCCUGUUCAUCCACCACCGGUUGUGAUGUCAGCAGCAACGAUUAUUCACAGCCCUCAUCGCCCACUAUGGUAACGCGUCGCAGUUCACAAUCAUCGACAACGUCAUCCGAGUAUGUGCCCGCAUUUCUCAAAUCAUCAAACGUUACAUUGCCCAUCAUAAUGCCAAAUAGUAGCAGUAGUUUGGCUUCCUUGCCUCCCAACACCCAGAGUAUGGGUGGUACUCCCAUCAAUUCGGCUGCCACAACACCCAAACAUACACGCUACUCAAAGCCACGUCUGAGUUUGAGUCGUUUCAUCAAUCAUUCAAUGCCCUCGGUUCAUGGUCGUCCAAAUUUGAGUUUAGCAGCCGGUACACCGGGCAGUGGCAUGAAUGGUGCAGGUGUUUCUGGAAAUGGCAGCAAUCCGCCGAAACGAGCUUCAACGCAUCAGAGGAAUUUAAGUUUGGAUUUUAGAUCUAUGGGCAUUUUAUUGCCUCCCGUUUCCCAAGUGACUAAUACCCGCAUUAAUUUAACACAACAUCAUCGUAACCGUAGUCUGGAUAGUGCUUUACAAAGGAUACCAGAGGUUGAAGUCUCUUCACCCAAUGCCGAGAGUGAGAAUACAUUUUGUACACCAUCUAUACUUGGGUCAACAAUGUGCUCGAAAAUUGUAACGACCGCAGCAAAUGUAACAGCGGCGCUUACCACCACCCAAACACCCGCACUGACGUCAUCGACAACAACAAAUGCCUCAACGGCAGCCGCUAUUAAUGCAGCAGCUGGAGCCUCAUCAUCAUUAUCGUCUUGCUCUGCGUAUGAGAAAGCUGCAAUUGAAACUGUUUCAACAACAGAACCCACAAGCAUACUGACAGCACAACAAUCCUCAUUAGGAGGUGGAGCAGGCGGAGGUGGCUGUGGAGGCGGAGCAGCAUUACACAAUGAUAUUAAUAAUACAGUCAUAGUAGAGCCAUAUUGUCCUAGCGCACGUUUACGACCUAAAUCAUCAGAUUCUGCCACAUCAUCAUCUUCAUCUACGGUACAACGAGCUGCUUCAUCAGCAUCUACCGCUUCCUCUAAUGCUUCAUCAACCAACUCAUCAUUUGCUAGUGGUUCAAAUAAUGCUUUGGCCGUUAUAAAUGGUUCAGGUCAUGUCAAUCAAAAUGGUAAAAAACGCGAGGAUCUAACCAGUCUGGGUUCAGAUGAUUCUGGUAUUAUUUGUGGUUCGGAUUCCGAUCAAAUCUCUUUAAAUCGCAUACGGCAUUCUCACGAAUCGCUAGAUUCUGGCGAAAUGGACAAUGAAGAAGAAUGCAUUGAUAUGCUGGAAACUAAUUCCAUGGAUGAGGAGUACAAUAUGUUGCAAUCGGAUCUCUGUUUCUAUCAAUCGCCCGACACCGACUGUCGCACUCUCAGGCCCUCGAAAAAGAAACACAGCAAUGUAAUACAACAGCACCAUGCUGGUAAUAAUAUGGAUAAAACCUUAAAUGCUGAUGAUCAAGGGGAUGAAGAUGACAUCGAGUCAGCUGGAGAUGCCGAUGCCGAUACCAUAAGUGAGCGACAACGUUAUCGCGAAAUGAACAUGUCACAAGCCGCUAUAAAUAUGGAAAAAUGUACUACUACAACGGACUCUGAUAACACAACGCUUAAUGAAAGCAAUUCCCUAGAUGUAGUAGACUGUCCUACGCCCACUUUAAAUGUUGGUAUUCAACCAGCAGCUGCCACAACAACAGCAGUGCCCACAACAUCUAGUGGCAACAAGACGCCUUCGACCCCUAGUGAAUCUUCGAAAAAUGAUGUUUUAUUCAAGAAUUUCUUUGGUGCCACUAAAAAUGCUAUAUUCCGUACAGCUCAAAGUAUAAUCGAAAAUCACGAAAAGAAAAAUGCCUCAAAACAAAAUCAAAAAACCACUGAAGAUAACACUAACACGGCUGGUGGUGGCGGCACACCCACAGAGCAAAUAAAAUCUCCUACUGAUAUAUCCAAGAAGAAGGAAUUCUUUAGUUUAUUAACAACAAAUGCCAGUAAAAAAGCAGCAGCUGCUGCGGCAGCCGCCGCUUUGGCCAACAAUUCGCCGGUAACAACACCUUUAACACCGGGCCAAGAUCAUGUCAGCUGCAUCACAGAGAAAUCUACUGAAAGAGAUAGUUUAGCAUUGACUGAGUGUGUGGAGAAGACUUUAAACUUACAAGUACCUAAUGCCACUUCCUCGAUCCUUAAUAAUAACAAUUCUUCUUUAACCAUAACGAAAUCAUCUUCCAUAUCAUCUUUGAACAAGCUCAAAGUACCGGGUGUAGUGAAAUGUUUCAUUAAAUGUCCUACAAUUUCGCAGGAAUUAGCGAAUCAACAAAAGACUGAAAAAGGUCCCAGUGGCCUAUUGAGAUUUUUUGAAUCCCCAGUUUUUAACAUACAUUUCGCCAUACAUUAUCUGUUUUACUCCAAAGAACCGGGCGUUCUAAGUUUCAUUGGCAACAAGAUUUUUAGUUUUCCCGACCAGGAGGUCGAUUUGUAUAUACCGCAACUGAUUGUCAUGUACAUACAAAUGGACGAAUUGGCCGAAGUGCUAGAUCCCUAUUUGACCAUUAGAUGUCGUAAAUCGGUGGACUUUUCUCUAAAGUGCCUAUGGCUAUUGGAGGCCUAUAAUUAUCAGCAUGUCGAUACUAUGGGUAGUCGUAAAUCGCAGUUGGCUUUGAUGAAGGAAAUCUUCUCCAAAAAGGAGCGCAAGCAAUUGAGUAAAGGUGAUACAAAAGAGCUGCAGACAUCACCCUUGGCUCAGCCAUCGCAAGCUGUUCAACAAAGCAUACCCGGCGUGGUUUCUCCUUUGACCAAGAAAACACAUCACAGAUCACAAUCAGACGCCACGGUACUCUUAGCCGACUCCAGACAUGCUAGUUCUAAUUUAAGUAUAUCAAAUCGACUGUAUCAACAACCCCCGUACACUACACAAACCUUGCCUACCACACCCGCCAAAUUAUGUCUCGGAGAUUUAACCUCCGGUCGCGCCUUCGACAAUGGCUGCACCUGUUUCGAAACAGUACGCGGCCAGGUCAACGAUUUGCUGGGCCAUAAGACGGUGUGUUCAUGCAGUGCCCCCAAAACGGCACCCCAAAAAGAAUUCAUGAAAGCUCUCAUAAAUGUUGGGAAAAAUCUAACCACACUUCCCUCAAAGGCCGAAAAGACUUCGGCUUUGAGAAUGUUUUUGAAUUUGAUCAAUAAGAAUCUUCCGGCCCGCGUUUGGUUACCAUUGUAUUCAGACAUUCCACAUCAUGUUGUGCGCAUCACAGAGGAAAAGACUGCUGUUUUAAAUUCGAAAGAUAAGACACCCUACAUUAUCUAUGUGGAAGUGGUAGAAGUGCCCGACAUCUACUCUUCAUCACUCAUACCCAAAAUGAUGCCAUCUCUGCGUCACACAAAAUCCGAGGAACACUUAGAGGGUGGUCUCACCACUUGCCAACAUUCUCAACACCAACAUCAGCAUCAUGCCAUUUGUAGUCGUACUUCCAGUUGCAGUAGUCAUAGCGGUUCAUCGUGUAGACAUAAGAAGGAGCAAUUGUUGUCGGAAUCAUCAACAGGCAUAGCUGAACAAUGUUCCUCUGUGGAACAUAAUAACGCAACAGCAGCAACAUCAACAAAUACUACUAGUACUGCAGCCAGCAGUGUUGGUGGUUGUUUGGCGCCACCUCAGCUAAACGAAGAUGAUGUUUGGUCUCAAGAAGAUGACGAGAUAACAGCUCAAUAUAUACACAUCCAUAUGCGUAAAAUGCGUUCACAAUCCGAACGUGAUGCCAUUUCACAGAUGUCAUUGGACUCGUGUGAUUCAAGGGAUCAGGGCAUGCCUGUUUUAUUCAAUAUUGGAGAUGUACGUACCCGCCAUUGUAAUAAUUUAACUUGUGAAAAUACAAAAUCAUUCAGCAAUGAUCCUGAAGAUCCCUCAGCAGCAGCUCUUAAGGAACCUUGGCAUGAAAAAGAGAAACAAAUACGCGAAUCCUCGCCUUAUGGUCAUCUCUCCAAUUGGCGUCUACUUUCGGCCAUUGUCAAGUGUGGAGAUGAUUUGCGACAAGAACUAAUGGCCACCCAAUUGUUGCAUAUGUUCAAAAUCAUUUGGCAAGAAGAACAUGUUGAUCUCUGGGUGCGUCCCUAUAAAAUUGUCUGCCUGUCCAAUGACAGUGGUCUUAUUGAGCCCAUACUUAAUACCGUGUCAUUGCAUCAAAUCAAAAAGAAUUCCAAUAAAUCACUGCGUGACUAUUUCAUCGAUGAGUAUGGACCCACAGACAGUGAUGCUUUCCGUGUGGCUCAAAAGAAUUUCGUACAAAGUUGUGCAGCAUAUUGUUUAAUAUCGUAUUUGUUGCAAGUUAAAGAUAGACAUAAUGGCAAUAUACUGCUGCACUCUGAUGGCCAUAUUAUACACAUUGAUUUUGGUUUUAUUUUAAGCAUAUCACCUAAAAAUUUAGGUUUCGAACAAUCUCCUUUUAAAUUGACUCCCGAAUUUGUGGAUGUCAUGGGUGGCACAAACUCGGAACAUUGGCGUGAAUUUAAUCGUUUAUUGUUGGUGGGCAUGAUGACGGCCCGCAAACAUAUGGAUCGUAUAAUUAAUUUUGUGGAAAUUAUGCGCAGCAAUGCCCAAUUACCUUGUUUUAAAAAUGGUUGCUCAGGAACCGUACAGAAUCUCCGUAAACGUUUCCACAUGAAUCUAACCGAACAGGAAAUGGAACGUAAAGUUGAACAGCUGGUGCAAGAUUCCCUAAAGAGUCUUUCCACCAAAUUAUACGAUGGCUAUCAGUACUAUACGAAUGGCAUAUUGUGAGAAAGGUUUUUUAUGAAAAUUUAAACACCGCCAAUCAAUAAAACAAACAAAUUAAACUAAUAUUGUGAAAAUGUAUUGUGUGUUUAUAUUUGCUAACAUAAACCUAAAAAAAAAACAGGAUAAGUGUGAGUGUUAUUGAUUAAAAUAAUUAAAUAAAAAUGUUAAUCAUUUUGUAUAAUGAUAAAAAAAUGAUAUUGUGAGUGUAAAUAUAGUUUAAAUAACAAACAAAACAAAAUAUAAUAAUAUUAUUAAUAUAAAUUUAAACAAAAAAACAUAUAUUUAAAAUAAAUUAUAAAAAAAAAACAACAUUAAAACAACAUUUUUAAAUUAAGGAUUUUUUAUAUUACUACCAUUUUUUAAAUUAUACAUAUAUAAAUUAUAGUUUUUCUUUUUUUUAUAAAGAAAAUAUCCCCCCCUCUGUGUGUAAAAUUUAACUAAAUUUUCUAUUAGUAAAAGAAAACCCAAAAUUAAAACUCAAAAUUCCCAUUUUUUAUAAGAAAAUAAACAUAUUUUAUAUUAUUUUCUUUGCCUAUAUUUUAAUGUAAAAAAAUCAAAAAAAAAAAUUAAAACCAAUUUUAUAUGUACGUGUAUAAUUUAAUAAUUUUUUCUUUAAAAUCAAAACCCCAUAAUCUUAUAUAUUUAAUAAAACAAAAAUACAAUUCUCUAAGAACCUUUAAAUAAAAAAAAUAGUAAAUAUGUAAUAACUACUUUUAAAGCCUUUAAAAUUAUAAAUAAAUUUAAAGAAAAAAAUAAAAUACCUAAAUAUAUAAUGUAUGUGUCUGUCUGUAUAAACGUAUGAGUGUAAUUUUGUUUGUUAACAUUUAAAAUGUAUGUCUAAAAUAUAAUAAAAUAUAUUAAAUAAAAUAAAAAUAUUUUUUAUCUUAAACAAAAAAACAAAAAAUUGUUAUUAAAGCUCGUCAAGUUUUCACACAUUUAUAUAAUAAUAAAGCAAACAAAAAAUAAAUAAAUAAUAUCUGCUAUAAUAUAUUAAACCUAAACUAAUUGCACUCUCUUCUUUAAAAUUAGCUAAAAUAAAUCAUAAAACAUAAAUAAAAUAAAUAUUUAAUUAAAAACUAAAUAAACAAACAAACCCCCAGCUUGACACUUAAAGUGUCUUUUCGUUUUUUGUAAUACAUCAUACAUUAAUUUUAAUCUAAAUUUAAACAACACUUAUCAAAAUUUAUUUUAAAUAUUGUAUAAAACAUAAUAAUGGAAAUUAAAAAAAAAAAUAAAGAAAUGUGCGAAAACCAACAGAAAAAUAAUAAUUAAAAUUUAAGAUUUACAAUUAUAAACCAACAUACACAUUAUUAUAACAUGCAUCCCAUAUACAUCAUUCGAAAUUAAAAACUAAAGUGGAAAAAAUCAUAACAUAACAACAACAAAAAAAUAAAAAAUAAUUUUUUUAUUUGCUUAAAUUAAAAUAAAAAGAUAUAUAUAAGAAAAAUGUUAAAUCAAAACGAAAAA